CAGGGAGCAAUAUAUUUUUGUCCUCUGUCCGUCUUAAAUAUUUACAUUAGAUAUGCAUAUACUAAUGUAUCGUACGUCCAAUUGAGAUAAAAUAGAGAAUAACUUGAGUUAAUACUGUAGACAAAAUAAUUUCUUGUCUAUGAUAAAUAUGUGUAUUUCUUGUCUAUGCUAAUUCUGUUUCUAAGUUGUGGGCUUGUUUAAUCUUAAUGUGUACACAUCUUGACUAGUAUAUGCACGUGUAAUUUUUAUAACUCUGUUAUCAUUAAAAGGACAAGUCACACAUUAAUACUCGUUCAACGAUUAUUCAAAUUUUAAAGAGAAUGCGGACUCGAUGUUAUAAAUGCUUAUCAUUGCAUUUAACCACUUUGCAUAUGACUAAAAGAAACAAGCAAAUCGUCAUUGAUGUCGUCAAAUUCUCAAUCACAAGCGCAUCCCACUGAAGUAUUCUUCAGAAGCGUAAAUGGGGAACAUCUGAUACUAGAAGAGAAAGAAGGUUUAAGUGACAAUAUCAUAAAUUUAGCAUUGCGAAGCAAGAAACAUUUCAAUUUCAAUUUGUAUUUAGUGUUAUUCUGCACAACCUUCUUUACAUGGAUCUUGUCUAAAAUCUUAAUUCUAUUUAUAAUAUCGGUCUGUAUUUUAAUACUGCAAUGUAAGUUGUUUAUUACUUCUAUGAAACAAGAUAAGUUAUUAGUCGUAGAAUCAGUGGGUGUACACAUUGAAAGUAAAGGGGGACUUGGCAUUUUUACAUCUACAGAAUUUUUACCAUGGGACAUAGUAGAAGAUGUAUUUAUCAAUGAAGUUAUAAAAGGACAACGAGUGCUUUAUUAUCUUACAUUUAUCGUAAGAGAAUCAGUUGGAAUCAGACAGGAUUCAAAAAGAUUAGUUCCAUUAUUUCAAGAUUUAUUACCUGAAAGAAAAUGCCUGGAAUACAUUUACGGGCGUUUAGUCAUUUCGAUUGGCUCGACUCAGAGAAAGAAUCUCUCUUAACCAUUCCUGGUUCUUAUUGGCUAUGUCAUAAGAAGAAUAUAUACAAAUUUAUCUUUAGAUAUCAUCGUACAAUAAGGAAUACUGUGGAAUUUUUAUAUGGUCGAGAAUUAUUAAAAAUUAUUCGAAGGAUUAUAAAGUGCCAUCCAACCCAAGGCCAGCAGUUUAGUACACAGCAUCUUCUUGUUACUUAUAAUUGUACAUCUUGGACCCGCCAAGACAAAAUGUUUGCAAUACUAAAGUUCCAGCAACGGACUAAUGCUGCAGCAUUUUCAUAUGCAUUUGUGUUAACUAUAAGUAUUUGCUCUUCGUCAGAAUCCUUGUUGUUUGAUUUAAAAUAUCCAAAAGUCGACGACGCAGAUACCGAAAAGAAAGGUAGUAAAACUGUAAUAUGUGCUACUGAGAAGUUCUCUUCAAAAAAAAUUUCAUUGUGUCAAAACAAGAAAGAUCAUAUUUCAAAAUUUAAUGACGAUACGUUGAAUAAAGCAUCAAAACUGAUAGUAAAUUCUAAUCUCCAAGAUAAUAACAUACAAAAUUCUAUAAACUUUCAUGAUAAUCUGGAUGCAAAAAUUAAAAAUGUACCUACCGAAACAUACCAUGUUAAUGAGCUUAAUACAAAACUGCGUGAUAAUAUGAUAUAUGAAAAUAAAUCUUAUAGUACGACAAAUUAUGAGAGAGGCAUGGAGCAACAUGCUAUCAAUUCUACACAAGAAGAAUCCUUAAGAGCAACAGAGAAAACAAAUAAAAUUAAGACGAGUAAUAUAGACAAAAAUUCAAAAUCGGUAGCAAUACAGAAACAAGAUCAGGAAAUACAAGAUAUUCCAACGUGCAAAAUAUUUUCUUCAUUGAAAUUUUCUGUCACAGGAAUAAUAAAUGAUAGUGUCGAUAAAUUGUCAGUAUCAAAUAAAUUUAGUUUUGAUAAAAAUUUAAUUGAGGAAGAUAGUACUGUCACUAAUAAAGAUGGUUUAGAUAACAAAAAGAUGACAAAUGAAACUAUUGUAGAUUCUAACAAUGUACCACAUCAAUGUUUUAUCAAGAAAGAGAUUGAGAAUGCAAAGCGCAACACAAGAUUAAACAUGUUUUCAGCUACAUGUGAUCAGCAUAUGCAAACGAAUUUGGAAACUGAAGUAAAGAAUAUAAAUAAAGAUUUAGUUACAAAAAUGAGAGAAAAUAAUGUGAAAUCCAUACAAGCAGAAAAUGAGAAAGAGCAUUAUGAUAAGAUGCCUGUCAUAAAAUCUCAAAGAAAUGAUAAUCAACACAUUAGAAUGUCAAUGAACGCUCACAAUAAUCAAUUGCAAAAUAAUGCACACAAUAAGUGGUACAAAGCUCAUAAACAAAAAGGUAGGGAAUUUGAGAAAAAGACAAUACCUGAAGACAAGGUCUUGCGUUCCUCUAACAUUACUGAUUUAGUAAUGGAAGGUUUAAUGUUCACUAUACGACAAGAUCAGGAUAGCAUAGCCGUCAUUGAACAAAAAACUAAAUUAGAAGUGGAUGAAGUAUUAGAAAAUUCUGAGAAAGUUGAAACAAAAGCUGGAGAAAAGUGUUUGCUAAAUUCAAGCUUACUGCGACUGGAAAACCUGGUGACUAUGAUCGAUUCCUCACAUGAUAAGAACAAACAUCGUAAAAUUAGUAAUGCGAUUAACGGUAAUGUGUAUUCAUCAUCGUUUAAUAUUCUUAAUAAUAAUUCUAUACAUAAUUUAGAUGUUAAUUUUAUAGAUAAAAGACUGGAUAAAUCAAGUGUUCCUAGUUACGAUAAUCUUAACACUAUGAGUUAUUUAACUCCAUAUAAAUCCCGAUGGCAGUAUUUCUCCUCUAAUAUUAAGAAUGGCGACAGUUGCUCAGUAAGCGGAAACACUGUUGAAAAAAGCAACCAAUUGAUAGAAUGGCAAAGUGGCAAUGAACAAAAUAGGAAAAAUAAAUAUAAUAUAAGCGAAAUGGAAAAAGAAGAAGAGGAUAUUUCCAACAUUUUUCUUCAAUCUUCAAUAUUUUCAUCUGACAAAACAAAUGCAGGUUUGCAAAAUAAAGACUUACUGAUGAAUGAUACAAAUAUUAAACGGUCAGGUAAAUGUGAUACAUCUAUAAAGAGACACAGUUCUCUGCCAUCGUUCUGUUCAUCAUCAAGUCCAAGUAAAAUGACUAGCAAAGAGAUUUCUACAAUUUCUGAGCAGUCUGCAGACUCGGAUAAAUUGUCUCGACAGAAGGCAAAGCUUCCAAGAAUAAUUUCUGAUAAAGUUAUCACCGUUGAACAAAUACCGCUGGCUUUGCAAAACAUUGUACAUACGUACAGAAAACGUCGAUUUUCCUCAACAACCAACAAUGAAGAAUGUAAACAGCAAAAUACUAUGACAUUAACGGGAAAUGUAAUUUCCGAUACAGUUUCAUCGGAUAAUAAAUGCAUAAAUUCACACACUGCGAAUAAUUCGUCGUUCAUCAAGUUAGCAGAUUCUGAAGGAAUGAAAAGCAAGAAGAACAAAUCCUGUAUAACGAUUAAUAAGAAUAUUCAAGAGACUGCUACAUGUGCGAAGAACAUACAAGAAAAAAACAAUGAUAUUCAUCAACACACUUCACGAAGAAAUUCAUCGUCAAAGCAUGGCUCACCGAGAAAAUUGCAAGAUAUCACAGACGACUUUUAUUAUGAUUUGCUGCAUGUACAUAACAAAGACAAUGCUAUUCAGCAGAGAUGUCUUAGACAAAGACGAAGAUCUCUGAACAAUCUCAACGAUACUAAAAAUAACAAUAUACGCAUAGAAAUGUUAAAAUUUAUUCAGGACAUCACAGAAGGUGCUAAAGUGGUGGUGAAACGGUUAAAUAUAGAGAGAAAGGAGACAGUAAAUUCAAUUUGUUAAAGAAAAAAAUCUAUUAGCAAUAUAUAUGUAUAUUAAAAACUUGGUAUCGGAAGAUUCAUGAGGAAAUAGUAAUGAGUUUAUUGUACACAUCUUACACUAUCAUCAAUAUUACAGGUAUUCUCUGAAUUAACUAAAUUGUAAAAAAGAAAAUUUUUAUUUUUAUGUUUGCAAUCGACUGCUUAUUUGGAUAACUCUUAUUCUAAUUUAAUAAAUAAAUAUAUUAUUGUCAUUAAUAUGAUUAUGUACAAAAUCUAUUACAUUUAGAUUAGAAAUAUUAAAUAAAAUCUUUUUAUAUGGCAAUAUGUAUAUUUUACAAAGUACUGUGUUAUGUCAGCAUAAUUUUUGGGUGCAGUUCCGAAUAGGUGAAACGCCCGAUUGUUUUGAAACUCCACUAUUUUAUGUAGUUUGGCGCGCUGAUUACGAAUAUGAUAAUGAAAAUCGCCGACUAGGUCAUUUUCAAGGUCAAAACAAGGUCAG